AUGGCCAACGGACAGACCGCACCGAAAGAAACUCCGGAGCAACUCUACGAAGCAGCUUUGAAUCUCGUAGAGCAAGGCCAGCCCGAGGAUGCACUGAAAAAGGCAAAAAAGCUGCUGGCGCAGGUCCAGGACGGCGGGGCUGCUCAAUCCCUGCCUGCGCUCACUCUGCUCGGCGAGAUCAGUGUCGAAAUGGGUGUCAUUGACUCUGCGAGAGGCUACUUUGAGCAAGCGGCUACUCUCGAUCCAAGCGGUGCCAUCCCGGAGGCCAUGGGAGGUGGUGCAGAGAAGUUCUUGUGGCUGGCUCAACUGUCUGAGGAAGGUGGCAAGGAGAGUGUUCAAUGGUUCGAGAAGGGUGUUGCGGCACUGCAAGCCGAGAUCACUGCGCUUGAGACUGGCGAGCACAAACAGAGUCUGGACGAAGAGACCCUCCUUCUCAUGCGCAUGGAAAAGAAGCGAAAGCUGGCCAAUGCGUUGUGCAGCAUAGUGGAAGUCUACAUGACGGACCUGUCAUGGGAAGAUGACGCUGAGGCUCGAUGCGAGAAUCUGAUCACUGAAGCUGUCUCUAUCGAAGAUGAAACCAGUCCGGAAGUCCUGCAGACCCUGGCUUCGGUCCGACUCUCGCAAGAAAGAACACCGGAUGCCCAAGCUGCCUUGAAACGAUCCAUCGAUGCCUGGUCUGGUCUCGACCCUGAAGAUCCAGCGAUACCCGAUUUUGCCAUCAGAAUCUCGCUUUCUAGGCUACUUAUGGAGGCAAAAAUGGAAGACGAGGCGAUGAAAGUGCUGAACAGGCUGGUGCUGGAGGAUGAUCAAAGUGUUGAAGCCUGGUACCUAGGCGGGUGGUGUCAGCAUUUGAUCGCGCAGCGAGAGCAGUUGAGCAAGGAGGGUACGGCCGGUGACUCCGGACUGGAAGAGGACGUUGAGGCCGCAAUGAAAGGCAGUCGCCACUGGCUGAACACGUCGAUCAAGCUCUACGACUUGUUGGACUAUGAGGAUGAGCGCUUGCUGGAGCAUGCUAAAGAACUGGUGGGGGAGAUAGACAAGAUACUGGGUCCGGAGGACGAGCAAGCUGAUGGAGGAGAGGAAGAGUACGACGAAUGGGAAGGCAUCGAGGAGGACGAAGAAGUGGACGAGGAGAUGAAGGAUGGAUGCCAAAGGGUUCCUGACAACUAA